AUGCGAUCAUCCGCGAUAACCAAUGUGAUUGUACUGUUUGGACUGCGUUUGUUGUGUUGGAACACGGUGGAUGCUAGCGGCGGGGCCCUCGACACAAGCUCGAACUUCCAGUCUGGCUCAAGUGGAAGUUCACAUUCCAAAGUCACAGCAUUCUCCGCGACACUUACCGAUGGACUGGCGCAAGCCGUGGCUCAAGAAGCUGGUUCCGAUACUUGUAACGAUGACCUAGCUUGUCUUACACUGGCUUCUCAUGAUCGACUAGGUUUAGAAGCUAUCAAAUCACUUCACCGUCAACUAGAUGAUGAUGCCAAUGGAAAUGUGGAUCUUUCUGAGUCAGAUGAUUUCUUAAGAGAAGAGUUACAAUAUGAAGCUGGAUAUGAGAGGAGGCAGAGGGCUUUUCAUCAUAAUGAUGAUAUGCAAAUUAGCGUUCGAGAACUUUGGGAAGCCUGGCUAAGGUCAGAGGUUCAUAAUUGGACUAUAGAACAAACAUCAGAAUGGUUAUCUUCUAAUGUAGAGCUUCCACAAUAUGUUCCUACUUUUAUACAACAUCGUGUAACUGGUGCUACACUACCAAGAUUGGCUGUGAACAAUAUGCACUACUUGAGUAAUGUGUUGGGGAUCAAGGAUCCCAUUCAUAAACAAAAAAUUGCCUUAAAAGCUAUGGAUGUGGUUCUUUUUGGGCCACCAAAGGUGAUUAUUCAAUACCGUGUUAUAGAUACUGGACAUAGCGUGAAAGAUUUGAUAUUAAUAACAUUAUUAUUCGGAGCGCUCAUCGGAUGUUGGUAUGCGUAUCAGCAAAAGAAAAAUUCGCAAAAACAUCUUCAUAGAAUGAUGAAGGAUAUGGAGAGUUUACAUAAAGCAGAAUUGGCACUGGAGGACUUGCAAAAAGAAUUGGAAAGAGCACGAAUGGAACAAGAAAGUGUAACUACCGAAAAACAAAACUUAGAAAAACGUUUGCAAGAUGAAAGUGUGGGAUUGCACGCUUCUUAUUCCGAUCUCGAAGUUUCUCAAUUAAAAGCAGAAAUUGAGAUGUUAAAAGUUGAAUUGCAACGUGCAGAGGGUGAACUUGAAGAUAGAUGCUGGUCUCCUCCUCCUGGAUUGCAACAUUGGUUACAAUUAACUCAUGAAAUUGAAAAUAAGGCAUAUACCAAGAAGAAAAUAGCUGCAGAAAAACAGCUGCAACAAGCGCGAGAAGCAUGCGAAAAACUACGAAAAAAAAGAUCGAGUUUAGUAGGGGCAUUUGUUUCAACUCAUGGAAAAUCUAUUGACGAAGUUGACAAAAGUAUAGUUGAGGCAAGAACUGCUCUAAAUGAAGUCACUGCAGAAUUACAAGAAAGAGUACAUCGUUGGAAGCAGAUUGAGCUUUUAUGUGGCUUUAAUAUAAUUAAUAACAAUGGUCUAAGCUAUUUAGAAACUGUUCUGUACAGAGGGACUCCAAACGGUCGAGGUCUUGGAUUCAGAGGUAUUUAUAUAUAAAUAUUUAAUGAUUCAAAACUGAUUUUUAUAUUUUGAUGUAGUGAAAACAGGAAAAUUCAGUUAAUAUUUGUUUGACAAUCUUGGUUUAAUUGACGACUGAUUUUUAUAAAUUUUUCAAUAGAAUUUUUAAACUUUAAUACGAUAAAUCAUCUGUGAUUGAUUGCAGGUCGACUCAGUAGUCAAGAUGACUUAGAUGACGAAGCAAACUCAGUCUACUCGUCUUCAUUAUGUGGUGCCGCA